GCCCUUAGAAGGAAAGCCUGUCAGACUAUAAACUGGAGCGUUUUUUACGGCUGGAGUGGCAGCAAGUCUUCAGUUCAUAAAAAAAACAGUCAUCAAAGCCACUUUUCUGCUCAGUGACAGGCUGAUGCAGCCCGCUUAGGGAGACAUUUUAAUUGGGGCAAAUUAGCCUAUGUAUUCUCUGCCUGGAGUUUAUAUAACCUGCAGCCUCAGUAGACGGGCUGCGUUUGCGUCGGACAGCUUUAUUAUCCAGCUCAAAAGAUGUCCACAAACUAAUCCGCAUGUCUGUUAUGCAGGAUAAUCUCCAGAGGUCUUCCUAUCUGCUAGACAAGGAGGGAGCGGGGACGUGCGCCGGGGAGAAGUGGCCGCCGUGCGAGGCGGUGGAGGCGGGGAGGUGAGCAGCGCAGUCCGCGGCGGAUGACAGGGGUAUGGAUAUGUUGCGCCGCUCGUCUGUGUUUGCGGCUGAGGUGUUCGACCGCUCGCCCACCGACAAGGAGCUGGUGUCCCAGGCCAAAGCACUGUGCAGGGACUACAUUCACUCCAGGCUGAACCGUGCCGGGAUAGGCUGGUCUAAGCCUGAACACGGACUGGCUGCAUCAGGUGGGACGCUGGGAGAGAUAUCGUCGGUUCUGCUGUGGCUGGGUGAUGAGUUGGAGUACCUUCGGCCCAACGUUUACCGCAAUGUAGCGCGACAGCUCAACAUCACAGUGGCGUCAGAGAGCAUUGUGUCCGACGCCUUCCUGGCUGUGGCUGCAGACAUUUUCUCCACAGGUGUGACAUGGGGGAAGGUGGUUUCUUUGUACGCCGUGGCAGGAGCCUUGGCAGUGGACUGUGUUCGCCACGGUCAUCCAGCUAUGGUCCAUACCAUUGUCGACUGCAUGGGGGAGUUUGUCCGCAAGAGCCUGACCUCCUGGUUGAAAAGGAGAGGGGGCUGGGUGGAUGUAACAAAAUGCGUGGUGAACACGGAUCCCAGUUUCCGCUCUCACUGGCUGGUGUCUGCUGUCUGUGCAUUUGGACACUAUCUGAAGGCCACGGUGUUAUACCUCCUCCGGGAGAAGUGAAACACACACUGGAUUCUGAGCAGACUGACCAGCACCGUACACCACCAGCUCCGUUCCACUAAAGCCUCCGCUGCUUUGGAUUAUGUUUACACUCAUUUGCACUGAGCCUUUAUUGAUGAACACCUAUCCCUUCACAGAAAAAUGACCUUUCCUGCUUUUGCUGCUUCUUCUGCUAGAUUGUCUAUUUAUUGUUAAUGGUUGUAUUAUGGCACGCGUGUGAUGUGAAUGUAUAAAAUCAUGUUUUUAGCUUUUCAUUUUCCUAACUACUUCACAAACAACAGAACUGCCCUGUUUGAUGCCUGAUUUUCGUUGGUUUGGCUGCCCCUAGUGGUUGAAAAUGGUAACUACUGUAUAUUGACAGUAAGUUGAGAAUAUUCCUCGGGAUCCUGAGGCCACUCAUUAGGCCUUGGUCUUACAAAAAUCCCCAUUUCUCACCUGGAUGGCAUAUAUGGCCCAACAGAUGAGUGCAUGCUAGGCAGCAACAACAUAUUUUACCCCAACUAAGGAACUGUACAAAAAUGAUUAGGGUGAGGAAUCUUUCCUUUUUGCAAAAGGAAGGGGAGUCUGAUUAUGUGGGGAGAGCGAGGAAGGGUUUAUAUAUUUUUCUCGCUAUAGAUUAUUAUCUUAUUUCACCCUGCCCUUACAAGAAUCAUUUUAAAAUGGGAACUAAAAGCAUAUAUUUUUUUGUAUUUAUUUAUAAGUUCAGAUUCACACGUUGCCAACUUGUUCUACUAAUUGGUGAAGAGAAAUUAAACAUUUCAAAUGGGGGUUCCAUUAAAUUAUGGAAGUUUAAAUUGGGGCACGCCCUCUUAAAUUGUUUAUGAGUUUCCUCCUUUAGUUAUUAGAAGUGAAACAAGUGGUACCGAGUACUCUUGUAUUGUGUUUAUUGGUUUAUUGAAGGGUUUUUUUCUGAAUCAAGAAGAGAUAAGUAAAUAUUAAUUAUGCUGGGAGGGCCUUGCUUCUUUUUUAAGCCUAAUAUAAGACUCUCACCACUUCAAUAAUGUUUGUACAGUCCCUAAUGAGUCUGGAGAUUUGAGCCUACAUUUGAUACAUAAAUACAUGUAUGUAUUUCAGACAGCACUGUACACUUUUUCUGUCUCUUUAUUGCUUAUUGUGAGGCAGUGUUUUAUAUUGCUGUACUGUAAUUGCAGUAAUGCAAGUUACAGUAUAUCUUCUCUGAGUUAGAGCACUUUGAUAACAUUUCAUUUUAUGAGUAGAUUUUAUUCCAUGAAUAACUUCACUUUUAUGAGGCAUUUAGCACUAGGACAUAAUAAACAAAUGUUUGUGAGUCUUUUUCAACUGUAAAUAUAAACAAUAAUAAAUGGUUCUUACAACAAUC